GUAUAAUCACGUGAUUUAAAAGUAGCGCUUAUCGUCAUCAUGGCGUCUUACGAUGAUAAUUUUGUUCGAAGGAAAAUCGCAGAUUUGCGAGUUGUAGAUUUGCGACUCGAGCUUGAAAAGAGAGGCUUAGACAAGAGUGGAGUUAAGGCUGUACUUGUCGAGAGAUUGCAAAAGGCCUUGAUUGGAGAAGGUGCAGAUCCAAACACAGUUAUCAUAGAUGGAUCAGGUGCCAAAGGCACAUCUAGAAAGGCUACACCAAGGAGAUCAGCUGGCAGACAAGACGAGGAGCACGAAGAUCACAUGGAAGAGUUGGAACCAGAUGAGUUGAUGGACGGAGAGUUCCUCCAGGUAGACUCCACUGGUGAUCAGUCUAUGGAUGGUCUCUCACAAGAGAGUAUCGAUGCUGGUGGUUUAGACUUCCAGAUGACAGACGAGGAUGUAAUGGGGAAGAUUGACCCUGAGUCUGUUAUUGAUUCAGUGGAGUGUGACCUUGAUGAUAUCAAUGAUGAUGCUAUCAACAUCACCGCUGACGAUGAUCAACUCCUCACUGAAGAUGAAGCACUUGGUGACCAGGUGGAAGAAACCAAAGCAGCAAAUGUUUUUGGGCUUGUAAGCUCUACUUAUGAAGAUCACUUUGAAACCUCAGCUGCAACAGAUAAUUCCGGGUUAACCUCAGCAGGCCCCAAAGAUGCCGUUGAUUCCAACAAGAUGGAGAAGGAAACUGGCGAUACAUCAUCCACAGAGAAGCAAGAAGUUGAUAACGAGUCCCUGGUAGUCCAUGUCGAUGGCUCGUCUCUCUUGGAGCUUGAAGCAGAUCUAACCAAACCAGAAGGCAAAGCCACAGCUGAAGAUCCAGCAGCAGCCGUCCAGACCGAUGCAGGAACACAGAAGGAAUCUGGGCCUGGAAAGGAGAAAUGGGAGUUUGAAGGACAGGAGAAGAAAGAUGAAGGAGAUACGUCUGAGCAAGCUGAACAAGCCGUUAGCAAGACGGAUGAGGAGACAGCUGGUGAUAACACUACUAGCAAUGACACAAUUGGGGACAUGAAAGAUUCCCAAUCAGUUGACUCCACAGAUGCCCAGCGCAGAAGCUCUACUGGUUCUGGUACUGGCAAACCUGGUUCAGAGAAAGAGCGUCGUCCAGGCACUGGAAGGGUUGGAGGCCGUAACCUCUGGGUGUGUAAUCUCUCCAAGACUACUCGUGCUGCCGAUCUGAAAGCUGCCUUCAGCAAGUAUGGAAAGGUUGCUGGUGCCAAGGUCGUGACCAAUGCCCGUAGCCCAGGAACCUUGUGCUAUGGCUUUGUAAUGAUGUCUGCUAGCUCUGAGGCUCAGAGGGCUAUGAACCAUCUCCAUCGUACUGAGCUUCAUGGAAGAACUAUCCACGUUGAAUGGCCUUUGUCAUUGUCUUCCCAGGCUGGUAACGACCCUGUACCAGGAGGUAGGAAGCCACCUCUGAUCCCACCAUCCCUGCUUCUAGCUGAGAAGGAGAAAGAGAAGGAGAGGGAGAAGGAGAAAGCCAAAGAAGUGGCCAAUGCUGCUACCGUAGCAGUGAAGACAGAGAAAGAAGAGGAGGCAAAGCCUGCUACUGGUGAAGAGAAGACUGAAGAUAACACGGACAUGAAACCACCUGCAACAUCCCCAGCUGGAAAAUCCCCUGCCAAACCAGGUGAAGAGAAACCAACCAUCAAGACAGAACCAGGAUCUGAGGUGGAUACCACAGCACAGUCAGACAGCAAAGAGAAGACUGAUAAAGAUAAAGAGAAGGACAAGAAAGACAUUCUAUCAUUUGAUAAGAUCAAAGAGCAACGUGACAAAGAGAGGCAUAAGAAUAGAGAAAGAGAGAUGAGAGAGGCUGAGAGACGUAGAGAGAGGGAAAGAAGUGAACAGUUCAGGAGGCAGCGAGACUUGUUGAGACGUCGCACGAGGGAGGAAGAAGACAAGGUUAGGAGGGAACGUGAACAGCUCAAAAUGCAACGAAUGCAACUCGAGCAGGAGCGAAUGGAAAGGGAGAGGCUGGAGCGAGAACGAAUCCGCCUUCAGCAAGAGAGACAGAGAGAGCAGGAGAGGUUGGAAAGAGAAAGGGCUCUGAACAUGCAGUUACGCAUUGAGCAAGAGCACCGUACAGCUAUGAAGCGCACAAUGGAUGCCAGAGGUAUGCCCAUGCAUGAGAUGGAUCCAUACAUGGGAGAGCAAAAGCGGAGAAUGGCGAUGGAGACAGGCAUGUUACCUCCCCCUGUUGUCAUACCAACCCCUAUGGAUGUAUCUGGAGGAAUGAUGAACCAGAGAGGUCCAGACAUGGGAAAUGAUCGAAGAUUUGAUCGGAGAGAUCAACGCGGAAAUGAUAGACGUGAUGAGCCAGGUGGACGAUUCGGUGUCGGGGGAAGAUUCCGAGAUGAUGGAAGGAAUCAGAGACCUGACAGGGGAGCUCCACGACGAGAGGAACCCAGAAAAGAGAGGAGAGAAGAUUCAAAACGUGAUGACUCCAGAAAAGAACCCAGGAGAUCUGAAGGAAGAAGAGAAGAUACCCGGAAAGAGUUGCCACGUCGUGAAGGUCCUUCAAGGAGGGCUGAGCAAACAAGGAGAGAGGAACCUGCUAGGAGAGAGGAACCCACAAGAAGAGAAGAACCAGUCAGAAGAGAAGAACCUACAAGAAGAGAAGAACCCACUCGUAGACCAGAACCUCAGCGAAGAUCGGCAAAUAGGAGGGAAGAGAAUUUCCCAAGGAGAGAUGUCAGAGAAACCAGAGAGCCCAGAAACGCUGCUCCCCCACAUCCGAGACAGGAAGCACCUCGCCGUGUGGAUCCACCUAAAAGAGAUGAACCUCCCAGGAGGGAACCCCAUGUUCCUGGGCGCUUUGGUGGAGAGAAGGACGAGAGGCGUGUCAUAGCUACCAGUAGCCGCACUGACAGUAGCCGCACUGAUAAUAGCCGCACUGAAAGAUUUGAUAAUCAAGCGGGUAGAGCUCCACAAGAAGAUUUCAACAACCGUGGUAACACUGGGUUCCAAGACAGGCGAAGAAAUGACAGGGAGAGAGAUCGCCCUCUUUCCGACACCUAUGCUAGGGGAGGCAGAGAGCCAGAGAGGGACAGAGGUAACUUCAACCAGGACCGGAAUCGCUUUGAUGCAGGGGGUGAUACACACGCUCAGCGUAGAUCAUCUCCAGUAAGAAACAAGCCCCAGGCAAGCAGAGGGGAUAACUGGAAGCAAGAUCAUCAUAGCAGUUCAUCCAGUAGUGAUACUAGAAGAGUCACCAGUGGAGACCAUGACUCAUGGAAGCAGAACCAGGCUACUCGUCAGACCAGUGACCGUAGAGUAGAGCUCAGAACCAUCGAUCACCACCAUGAGCGUCCAGCUCCCAGAGAGAUCGUUGAACACCCUUCUACCUUCAGUCGCAACAGGAUGCCUGAUUUCCCGCAGAACAUGAGCCAGGACACCACUGGAUGGACUGGGGGCAAUGACAGUCGUCCUAUGGGCAGUUUCAACGACAGACCAAUGAUACAGGAUCCCUUGCCAAGACAGCACCCUAGCAGUGACAUCAGCACAGGUAUGAUUGGAGCUGCUUCCAGAGGAGAAAAGUGGAAUGCUGGAAGGAUGGACCCAAGUCUCGCCACGCAACAAGAGCGAUGGGGUGGAGGUAAUUCCCUAGCUGCCAUGUCUUCCUCCCUUGCCUCAAGCAUGUCUCAGAGUUCCCAACCACUCAACUCCAUGCUUGGUGCUGGGGGAGCAUCCAGCUUUGGUAGUAGCGCAGCAUUUGGCAAUAAUGCUCUCGGUAACCUCCUAAGCAGUAUGAAUGCAAGCACAGGUGGGUCUAGCUAUGGAUUAGAACGGCACAAUUUACCAGCUGAUACUCGUUUUGAUUCAUUCCAAGGUACACAGGGGAUGCGCAGAUUCUAAGAUUCAUUCAUCUUUUGUAUCCUCGAUUCACGAGUUCUAAGGUUAGGUGUGUUCAAUCUUGAGAGAAGGUUCCCUAAUUAUAUGCAUCUUGGUACAGUGCUCUUUUUAACAAAAAAUAUUCACCGUGUUCCUUUUUAAUUGAAUAAUUUCUUAUGAAGAAUCUAGGUGACAUAUUGUAUACAUUUCAUCAAAUUUUUGAGAGUGGAUGUUUCAAUUGAAUUUCAGAAUAUUCCCUUAUCAAGUACUGUCCACUGAAGAAAACAAAAAUGAGUUGAAUUCUCUUUGUGCUGAAAGUUAUGCAAGCAUAUUCCUUCCUCAAAAAAUAUUUUGGUUUAGAUUUAUUGUGUAACAGCCAGGACUAAGAAAUAUGUACAUGUAUUUGCAUCACAUUCUAGAUUCAGAAUAAGGAGUUGGUGUAGCUUUGGAACAACAUAUCAAAAUCUACAGUACCUUUGUUGCUGUAUCCAAAGCUAUUGAAUUGUUUUUAUUUCCUGUUAAGCUGUCAGGUCCAGCUCAUUUCAGCUGAUGUUGUACUAAGCAGAGCUUGUAGAUUUAGAGUAUGAUAGUAAUGUGACAAGGGACCAUUGCAUUUCCCUCUCCUCCCAAGUUGUACCUCGUACCUCGCAUGGUCCCAUGUAGUGCAUACUGCUGCCGAUGUUGCAGGGCAAUAUGUCAUUGGUUAUGAAUACAUAUAUACAUGUACAAACCUUGAAGCAGUUUUAUACUUGCCUGGUAAGAUCUUUGUGCCGAUACUCAGUCUCACCCAUUGCUAUUCAUUCCCUUUGUAAAUAGUCCAUGUCUUCUAUUCUUCUUAAACAGUAUUCAUGAAUAAUCUUGUUAUAAAAACUCAUUUCUACCUUUCAAGAUGUGUACAUUAUGUCCUUAACACACAUGACAUUGAAGUGUAUUUGUUUUUACCGAUGGAAUAUAGUAUCAGUGCUUUGCUUUUUUUGACAGAUGGAUAACCACGAUUUUCACAUUCACUUUUUAAAUUAAAGGGAGUUCAGUUAAUGCAUGUAUGAUGAUUAAGGCUAAAUAUAUGAUGCAUUUGGAUCAAUUCGAGUGAUUAUAGUUGAUGAGCACACAUACUUGUAAAUAUGAUGAUUUUCAAGUAAUUUCCUUUGACAUGGGAAGUUUGCCUAAUUUAUUAUAUUUUUGUUGAUUCAAUUUAGAGGUAAGCAAAUUGUGUGUCGAAUUUGAACAUGUAAUUUUUCAUUUUUGCAGCUUUGUUAGAUUAAGAGGAAGGUCUCAUUAGUAUCGUGUAAGAAAAAAAACAGAUGUUGAUAUUGAUUGAUACCCAUUUGGUUAGAAGAUGUAAAGCUUAAUGAUAUGACUACUAUUUCAGAAUCACACAGUUCUUUUGUAUGAAAAGUAGUAAAAAGUAACACAAAGAGAUAUUUUCUUGUUUAAUUUUAAAGGAAUUGAGAUUCACACAAAAAUUGAAUAAUUCUUUAAAAUUUAUCAGAAUUGUUGAAGUAAUGAGAAGGGAAUACUAAAACAUUAAAAUGUGAGGGUAUAAAAAUACACCAUUUUAAACUCACAUUACAAGAAGGUGAUUUGACAAAGCAAUUUGCUUGGUGCUUAGAUGUUUGUUGACACAUUGCCUACUGGAUGGAACUGGACGUUUCCUAUAUUAAAACAUGGGGAACAUGAGAAUUUGAAAUGAAAGCAAUGUUCUGUGUAUUAUGAGACAUAGGUGCCAAUUAAUGCACAUGUGUUCAACCUCUCUCUCAUUGACAAGAAAUAUUUCAAAAAGUAAUGAAAUCCCAUAAAUGUGCUUAUUAUUCAUAAUUCUUGAUUGAAAUCAUAACAGUAUGGCCAUUAUUGCAUUGUUGUAAAUAAUUGUACAUAUUUGUGGAGGGAAAUCCCUUUCAGUAUUUUUUGGGCCUGUUGUGAACUUUUUCCCUCUCUCUGACAAUCCAUAUCUCUGAUUGAUAAAGCUAUUUUCACUUGUACUUUAUGUUGUAUAUGUAAGCAGACUUAUCAUAUUGCAUGCAUGAUGACCUGAUGCUUCUUGGUUGCAUUGCACACAUAUAAACCAAAGUCGCAUAUUGUGAUUUUUGUAAUCUAACUUUUUUCUUUCCUUGCGUUUUAGACUUCAUGACCUUUCUAGUAGGAUUUUUUUUCUUUUUCAUUUUAUACCUCAAGAUUUAGUUAUCGUUAUACAUGAUUAUUGUUCUUUGCAAGUCCACAUAAAUAUUAAUUAAGCUUUUUUCACCUGCAUUCUAUGUUAUAUCUAAGCAGACUUUGCAUAUUGCAUGUAUUCUUUAAAAAUUCACAUAUACACAUUAUUUUUUAAAACAUGUCAAAUAUUUUUUUUUUUUUUAAAUAACUAGUCUUUGACUGUUUCACUACAUGUGCAUUUAUUAUGUUGAGGAUUUGUCAUCAGGAAAUCAUAUGACUUUUUAUAUUCUAGAUUUUUUAAAAGGGGAAUGUUUGUUGCUAUAAGAUGAAUAUGGUCGAGACCUGACACAUAUUACAAUCAAGGGAUAUAUAGGGAUAUGUACAGGCGAUUUCCUAUCCUAAUAUCUGAAUGUUACAAUCGUCAUUUCUUAUUUCGGUCCCCCUCCCCUUCCUUUAUUUAAAAAUCCACCCCAAUCGAGCCAAGAUGUCUUGAGCAAACUGAUAUUGUGUAACUAUGAAUGGAUUGCAUAUAUGUAAGUUCUUUUAACAGUGACUCAGAAUAAAUUAAACUUACAUCAGAAAA